AUGUCGUGGGAGUUGCUUUUUGCGCGUGGAGGGCUUGAUUCCGCUAGUAAAGAGCUAGUGCGGAUGUUUGAUUAUCUUGCGAAUACCAGGUCGCUUGAGAAAUGGGAGGACUGGAAAAUCCAGUCCAACCCUAGCACAUCUUCUAAGAAGUUUGAAGAUCUUGCGGGAAUUGUUGAAAUCUGUACCAACUGGAUCGACAAAUGGGCAGAUAGAGAGACUACGACAGCUCUCCCACCAGGCGCAGGGGCUCACCGUUACACUCCCACAUCAACCCCACACAAGAACCUCCCGGCUGCUGCUCACCAUUCCCUCUUGCUUAUCUCUAUCAUUGCGUGA